UGCUUCAAUGAAAACAGCCAGCAGCUGCCGUCUCUCUACGCGCCUUUGCGCUCGUUUCGUCAGCUGCACUGUAUUUUCUCGAGCACAGCUCUAGAAAUCCGAUCUCUUCGAAGGCUGUAACCGCACCGCUACAUUCAUCUGCACCUCCGGUGGCCGUCGGCUAGCCUGUCGCGAAGCGAAUCGGCGUCAAGGUUGUCGAGUUGGGCGCGCAUCGAAAACGUCGCCGCAUCUCCUGCCGACGGUCAAGAUGGCGCCUUUCCCCGAAGAAGUGGAUGUGUUUUCGGUGCCGCAUUCAAGGAUGAAGCGGCUCGUCGAAGUGUACAAUGAAAAGCUGGGAUGCACGGAUUUUACCGACUAUGGCGCCCUGGAGUCGCUGUUGCACGAGUUGUACCAGACUUUCCGCGAGUUCCGGUGCCACGAGCAGAUCGAGAACCAACUCAUCAUGACCAAGUUGAAGAAAAAGCUGAAGGCACUUUCUAUUCACGAUUCGGCCGUCUGCAACUGUCACAGCGACAACCGUCUGUCAGAUAUGCUGGCCUUAGUUCGUGACGGUUACUCAUGCACCAACAAGACAGCGACCGAACGUGUCAACUACGGCCUCAAGCUUCAGCACGCCCUCAUUGAGUUCACUGAGAAGUUCUUGCCUCAUAUGAAAGAAGAGGAAGAGGUCUUUCAGCCCAUGCUGAUCCGGUACUUUGGCUAUGAGGAGCUAAAGCUGCUGAAGGAGCGAGUGAUUCGAGAGCAUGCCAAGUGGCAGCAGCAGUGCGCUCAGGAGAAAUGUCACGUGGAACUUGAGAACGUUGAUCAAGUGUGA